AUGUCUUCGCCGGAAGUGAAGAAGUUGAAAUUGAACUCUGAGGAUGCUUCAGUCAUAGAAGAGAAAGAUGAGAAAGGCCCACGACCAGCUUUUAGUUCUAACCAUAAAAUCACGAAAGACUCAUCCAAGUAUAACUUAUUAAUUGGAGUAACGGGUAGUGUGGCUUGCAUCAAGUUAGUCGAGUUAUUGGAACAACUCAAAACUACUUGCAUGUCUGAUAAACUGGCUAUUAAGAUUGUCACUACAGACGCGGCUUUGAAACUUAUGGAAACACAGAAUUUCAAUAUUGAAGAAAUCAUUUACGAAGAUAGAGACGAAUGGUCUAUGUGGAAAGGACGCGGAGAUCUUGUUCUCCAUAUAGAAUUACGCAAAUGGGCCGACUCUAUGCUGAUUGCACCUCUGGAUGCGAAUUCGAUGGCUAAAAUAGCUUUAGGAUUGUGUGACAAUUUAUUAACAUCAGUGGUUCGCGCUUGGGAUCCCAGAAAACCGUUAUUCUACGCGCCGGCGAUGAACACGAUGAUGUGGGAUAAUCCGCUCACGGCGCAGCAUCGUAAAACUCUUAAAGAACUCUUGCGAUUCAAAGAAAUACCUCCAAUGGAAAAAUCGCUGAUGUGCGGUGAUCAUGGCAUAGGUGCCAUGGCCACAGUCAAUAUGAUUAGCACAAUUAUCGCUCAGGACGUGAAGAAUAAAUUUUCAAUCUAUUCCCAAGUCCGAGACAAUUACUGA